AGGAAAGUUUGAUUUUCCAGGAUACGGGCCCUUUAAUGAACCAGUGCUUCAUCAGUACUGGUACUCUGUACAAGGGGACCCCAAUCCCAGUCAUGGUGGCUCCAUACUCUGCAUGUUUUUAUGUUUUCCCAGUCAACAAGGACCUUAAUUAAUUAGUAAAAUAGUCGAACUUAGGUGUGCUAGACACAAAACAUGCAUAGUGUGGGGUUGCCUGGACUUUAUACUAAGAGAACAUCUUACAAACUUGACUUAAUUUGUUUAGGCUGUUUUGUCCUAUACAGUAUUGUAAACGACACCCAGAAAGAAAGCAGAUUUCUGGUAUUGUGUGACUACAGUACCGGUAUACUGGCAUGCAGAAUGUAUCACUCAGCACCAGAAAUCCAUGUACCUUCAAACCUUGAUGACCAUUCAAAAUUAGAUUCAAUUUUAACCUACACUUUUAAAUACAUGUGAGGCUGAAUGACUUGGAUUCGAUUGGGUGAAAUGGCACCCUCUUGUGGCUACCUUAAACCAGUGCACAGGCCUGAAGCACUGCAUUCUUCUUCCAAUCCCAGCCACCUUAUCUGAAAGGUUAGGCUCAAUUCUGGAAGCCACUCAAGUGCUGAGUGCCAAGGCAGCAGAAAGCAGAGAAGAUGCUUUGGCCGGCGCCCAAGAGACAUAUUCCUCAGACAAAAGAGUGAGCUCGCACUUCCCCAGGCUUUUCUCUCCUCACUGCUGUGGUGAAUAUGCGAUGGCGGUUUUAUCACUUCACACGACUGUUGGUGUCAUUUUGUGAUUGGUCUCAGAGGACGAAUGAAAACUUGGUCGUUUUAUUUUAAGAAAUAACACAGCAACAAGAACGGCACCUGUUAAAGGUAUUAGCAGUAUUAUCUUCUCCUGUCUAUAAGCUGUUCACAGUUCCUUGUUUGUAUCUGGGAUUGUCAGUUCUGUUAAGAUUGAUGGUGUGUUUGUGUGUUGGCUUUUUUUUUUAUUUGCAUGGUUUUGCAUUUGUUUGUUUUGUGUGUCUUUGUUUCCUGUCUAACCCUCAGGGCUCGCUUGCUCCUGCACCCAGCCAGCCUAAGUACUCCUUCACGCCCAGCACGAGCAUAAACAAGAUGGCACGGCCUUUCUCCGCGGCCGCUGGCAACUCCAGCACAGGGCCUGCCAUCAAACCGGUGACUUACUCGCCCAAGCCUAACCCCACUGCGUCUAACCCCAGCACUCCAGCAACAGGCAGCAUGCCACAGUCUCACAAUGGCCAUGGCGUCCCUCCCUGCCCCAGCAAGACCAAACCAGCCACCAAACCCGAGGGAACUCGAGCUCCAGCUCCCACCAAGCCCCCGGCCAGCUCUGGGCCAGCCUGCCGCCCCCCUUGGGUGACGGACCCAAACUUUGCUGAUCGUUACCACCCAGAGAAGACGAGCACAGUGGUGACCCAGCACAGCCAGCCAGCACAGCCCACACCCAUGCAGAACCGCAGCUCCAUCCUGCAGGCAGCGCAGCAGAACCCGGCCGAAAGCACCGGCCGCACCCCGCUCUGCGCCGCAUGCAACAAGAUCAUCAGGGGCCGCUAUGUGGUGGCUCUGGGCCGUUCCUGGCACCCGGAGGAGUUUACGUGCUGUCAGUGCCGAGCCAUGCUGGACGAGGGUGGAUUCUUUGAGGAAAAAGGCUCCGUUUAUUGCACCAAGUGCUACGACAAUCGCUACGCCCCCAACUGCGGCAAAUGCACGAAGAAGAUAACCGGAGAGAUCAUGCACGCCCUGAAGAUGACCUACCACGUGCAGUGCUUCCUGUGUGCCGCCUGCAAAACGCCUAUCAGGAACCAGGCCUUCUACAUGGAGGAGGGAGAGCCCUACUGCGAGAGAGAUUAUGAAAAGAUGUUUGGCACUAAAUGUCAUGGCUGUGACUUCAAGAUCGAUGCUGGUGACCGUUUCCUGGAGGCCUUAGGCUACAGCUGGCACGACACAUGCUUCGUCUGUGCUCUUUGCCAUAUCAAUCUGGAGGGGAAGACAUUCUAUUCGAAGAAGGAUAAGCCUCUGUGUAAAAGUCACGCCUUCUCUCCUCUUUGAGGAGCUGAGCUCCAGCGCUCGAGUGGCAGUGAGGGAGGACAGUCCAGCUACAAGAGAGAGAACACUUCACCUAAAUCCUUCGGCCUGGUGCACUCCUAAGGGCUCUGAUGGAGCAACAUAUAAAAUUGAGAGUGGUGUUUAGAGUACUGGGCCGAUGUUUUGCAUGGGAUUUUACCAAAAGUGGCACUGUUGGGAGAAAGCCAUGUAGCUUGGACUAGAAAUGAACACUUUGCAUUGUGUUGAUUUAAUAGUCUUGAAACUUGAAGUGAUUCGAGUUAUGUUUAGAUAAAUAUAUAUAUAAAUAAAUAAUAUAAAAUGAUGUACAAGGUUUUCUCCCAGCAGAGAGGAUCAUUGUCGCUGUCAUAAAGAAACCUUAUGUGUCUGAAAUACUAAUAGGAAAAAAAAAUGUUCUAAAUUGGGAAUUAAAAAAAAAUCUAAUUCAGAUAAUUCAGUUCUAGCGUGGUUUGAUGUAAAAUGGUUCAUCAUCAAACUUAUUGAUUCUUUCUUUACAGUGGUGGUGAUAGGAACCAGCGGUCACUGGUCUGCAACACAAAUAUAGCCAUUUUAUUUACUAUCCAAAAUGACCAGUGAACCUACAUGAAUCUUCUGAGGUUUUAGAUUUAAUGUUAAUAAUGGCAAAAUAGUGGGAAAUCUGAAAAGAAUAAAAUAGUUUGCCUUAAAAUGAUCUCUCCACCAUAUUUCUUGGCAUUUUAGGCCCAACCUGUAUCUCAAAACCAUUGUAAAACAAUGUCUUAGGCACCAGGCUGCAUAUUCAUAACCAUUUCAUGUACUAACCUUCUAGGAGGUAGCUUUAGGAGGUAUUACACUCUUCAGAUGUCUGGUCACCACCAGUGUAAAGAACUCUAUACAUUUCUCUAAGCAGAGCAUUUAACAUCAGACUACUCUCGAUAACUUGAUUUCUUAAUUGUGCAGAAAUUUUGGUGGAACUCCCUUUUCAGUGUGAUGCAUGGUUAGUGUAAUUGGAUUUUGGACCACUUGUGUUGGUGUAUUCAGCAUUAAACGUUCACACAUUGUAAGCUUGAAAUAGUAUUAAAGCUGGUUUUCUUAUGACAGCGACAUUAUUCUGGUUACCAGCCGUUACAACCACAUGUAACAGAGGGAUGUCAGCCUUGUGGCCGGUGAAGCUGGCCAGCUUGCCCUCACCCUCCACUCAGCCUGCACAGAUUAGCUUUUCAUCACUGUUGGAAACUAUCAGUAUUUAUGAACUGAAGGGCACCUUUCCCCAGAGAGAUUAAGCCUGAUUGUGGGCUGAACAUGGUUUCCAGUGGUGGAUCCCCACUGAAGGUGUGUUUUAUUCCAAGACCAGGCUAAAUCUGGGCGGAAAAUGCCUUUAAUGUAUGUCUAGCAGGCUAAAACCACUGCACUGUCUCUUCAUUUUGCCAAUACAUGCUUAUACAUGCUUGUUUUUUCCAGAGAUUACCAUUUUUCAUCUUGAAUUUAAGGCCACGUCAGAUGCAUUGUGUGCAAGCCAAAGGCAAACCAUAGAGCCAUACAGUGUUUAAGUACAGCAUUGAGGGCUGGUCUUUUAGGCAGAUUAAGCUCAGCUGUACGUUACAAUGAGAUUGGCCACUCCCUGUAUAGUUUAGCUCCAGAACAUGUUUACCCUGCGUAUGGAGAGCUGGCAGUAAGACUGUAAUUUACUCAGUUGCUACCUUAGCAUUGCCCUCCAACGCCCCCAGACGGAGCGCAGACCUAGUUUUCCCCGCUUCCUGAUUUGCUCUGCCGGGGUACUUAAGGUAAUGGCAAACCACUGAGGAAGAAAAAAGAGCCCCUGGCAGCAGAACAGCAGUGCAUUAGCACUGAUUGCGACCAUUUCAUAUUGACCCGACCAAUGAUCUUUACGUGCCUCCAAUACUGAGUGCGCCACAUCUAUCUGCGCUAAUCCGACAGGUAACUCUAAUUAAGAAAAGGCUUAGGGCCUGCAUACGCUAAGCGGGGUUGUGCCGACACAGUGUCUCCUGCUUAAAAAGACGUGCAAAGGAAAGGCCUAUAACUGACCAAAGAGUUGUGUUUUGCAGUAUUGCAUCUGGUAGAGCACACAGCACUACCGUGAAUAUGAGCUACCAUUGAAUUUAUCUUCAGUUUCUUGGUUUGUCCCCACUUAGUGCUUUAAGGAACCGCUGCAAGUGUGCUUUUUUUAAACAAAGGUAACUUAGGGGUGUCACGAUACGUAUUUUGUCCUAAUUUUUUCCAAUACAAACUGUCGAUCGAAUACAGAUUUCAUGCUGUAAAAUGUGUUUCUAUAGCUGUAUUUAACACAAUAUUCCAAGAAGUGAUAAAUGCAAAGGUUAAAACUUCUCUGCACGGCUCUCGGAACUGGAAAAAUCAGCCUGCCUUAGAUGGUUGAUGAGCCAAUCUGUUUGAAAAUGUUUGGGAACGCUUCAGUUUCCAAUGUCGAGUACAAUAAUGAUGGAAAGUGUUGCAGUUCAAGCAGUAACAGUGUGCCAACACUGCUUAACGCAAGUAUCAAAUACCCCUCAACUGUGCUAACUCAUUUGUGUAGACAUCUUCCAAAUGUGUCGGUUACUUGAGUGAGAACGCGAAACUGUAGCUGGCUUCUUAUUCGCCAGCUUAUUCAGUUUUCUAUUCCACCUUAAAAAGACCAGCAGUUUCCAUUUAAGAUGGAACGGAAAGUUCCAGUAGGAAGCUGGUGGAUAAACACAGGGAGUUGCAACUACCACUUCUCCCGGCAAGACUCAAGCAGCCACUAUGUGCUGAUUCUGAAUAAGUAAAAUAAAUGACUCUGUACUGAUGUUUAUUGCUUCUAAUUGUUGCCACCAGUAGGUUCUAGAGAGUUCUGGAUUCUGCAGUUGGCUAGGACUGAGUGAGCCACAAUAGGAAAUCACAUCUUGCUCAAUUUAGCCAGAAGGUAAGAUCUGCAAGAUCUGACGCUUUCAGAUGUGGCUUCACAGACUACAAUUUAGCCAUAAUAACACGCGGCUGCCAAAGAAACAUUUGCAAUAUGUAACAUAGAUCUUGAACUUCUGUUCCGAGAAAAUGAUUUGUGCCAGUUAUCCCUUCAAAAAGCACUGUAGUCUUACCAAAAAAAUCAAUAAAUGCAAAAGUUAGCAUUUUUUUUCUAACGCUGUAUUGAAUACGGCAGUAUGUAUUGUGAAAACUGCGUAUCGUUACACCCCUACAAAAACUCUUAUCAGUGGGUUAGCUUGUCUCAGUGUAGCCAGGGGUUUAAAGACUACUCCAGCAGUUUCAACCUAAUCUCUAUCCACUGCAUCUGUACCGUAUGGUCAGUAACCACAGACAGUCGUUUUUAUGCAGUUCCUACUUACUCUGAACACUUACAAUAGAAGUCAGUAGGCCUCAUUCACCAACCGUUCUUAAGAAGAAAUUUCUUUUUAAAAUCCUCUUAUGCAGUUUUCAUGAAGAUUCUGACAUUCACCAGUGUUUUCUUAUUAGGGAUUUGUUCUUAGGUAAGAAUAGAAUCUACACAC